UUUUAAUCACGGCCAUUGUUCACCAUGGAGACCGACCCAGCUAAGGCGUCCGAUACCUUUGAUCUGGAACGAAAUGACCAUCAGUUUUUGAUGAAUAACACGGUUCAAUCCUUCACAUGGGAUAACCUGACCGUCACGGUGAAAGACAGACGCACGAAGAAGCCCCGGAAUCUAAUCGAGGGCUGCAGUGGAACUGCCCGUCAUGGCCAACUAAUCGCAUUGAUGGGACCCUCCGGCUGCGGAAAGACAACACUCUUAAACGUUCUUGCGCGUCGCACCGCUUCCGCUGGAGCGAAAAACACAGGGGAAUGCUACGUAAACGGGGCGAAGCUGGACAAUGAUACCUUCAACCGUAUCACGUCUUACGUCGAACAGGAGGAUGCGUUGAUCGGAUCACUGACGGUGCAGGAGACACUGAAGUUUGCCGCAGAUCUGUCUCUGCCAGGAUCGGUGACGAGAUCCCAAAGGGCAGAUCGCAUCCAGACCCUCCUGAGCGCAUUCGGAAUCCAGAAGCAGGCGUCGACACUGGUGGGCACUCCCAUCCGUAAGGGAAUUAGCGGGGGCCAAAAGCGACGGGUCAGCGUCGCCAGUCAGCUGAUCACUUGUCCCAAAAUCCUGUUCCUCGACGAGCCAACCAGCGGGUUGGACUCGACUGCUAGUUACGAGAUCAUCUCAUACGUCAAAAAGCUUGCAGUAGCGAACAAUCUUAUCAUAAUCGCGAGUAUCCACCAGCCAUCGACAACAACUUUCCAGCUAUUUGACAACCUUCUCCUUCUCUCGGGCGGCAAGACAUGCUACUUUGGACCCGUUUCGAAUGUCCCAAGCUACUUUGAAAACAUCGGCUAUCCCGUUCCCUCGAAUACAAAUCCUGCCGAGUACCUUUUGGAUGCGGUUAGCUCUGACUUCGCGGUCCACGAGGACCAAGUUGAGAAGAUCCAAGAAGCAUGGACGCAGUCCGCUGAGUAUGCCGCAUUAAGCAAGCAACCACAGAGCGCUGAGGAGAAGGGCGGCAAGGCAAUGAACAUCGACGAACUGAGCCGCCCAGGUAUUCCCCAAAUCACCAUGUCUCUUCUGCAUCGGCUCUUUAUCAAGAGUUAUCGCGACGUUGUAGCCUACGGUAUUCGGAUUGUCAUGUAUUUGGGAUUGGCAAUCAUGAUGGGGACGGUAUGGCUUCGUCUCCACACCUCGCAGGAGUACAUCCAACCCUUCAUCAACGCAAUUUUCUUCGGCUCAGCCUUCAUGAGUUUUAUGGCCGUCGCCUACGUCCCGUCCUUCCUCGAGGACCGGGCAACCUUUACCAAAGAACGAGCGAACGGACUCUACGGCGCCCUGCCCUUCGUCAUCUCCAACUUCAUCAUCGGCCUCCCGUACCUAUUCAUAAUCUCAAUGCUCUUUUCGAUAGUCAGCUACUGGCUCUCCAACUUCCGGCCCACAGGCGCCGCAUUUUUCACCUGGGUGAUGUGGCUUUUCCUGGACCUUGUUGCUGCCGAAUCCCUUGUUGUUUUCGUAACAGCCAUAUUCCCCAAUUUCGUGAUCAGUCUGGCGCUCGUCGCGUUUGCCAAUGGACUCUGGAUGAGCGUGGGCGGGUUCCUCGUCUCGCCGACCAUCUUGAAUCCAUUCUGGAAAUACGUUUUCCAUUAUAUUGAUUAUCAGGCGUACGUCUUUCAGGGGAUGAUGGUGAACGAGUUUAGUCAGAGGACGUACUCGUGUGGCUCGGGGUGUCAGUGUAUGUAUCAGACAGAUCUGGCGGACCAGUGUAUGAUCCGAGGGACCGGGGUGCUGAAGGAGUAUGGAUAUGCGACGGGUCGGACAGGGAAGUGGGUAGGUAUCCUGAUAGGCAUCAUCGCAGUUUACCGACUGUUUGGAUAUAUUGCAUUGGUGUUGAGGAGGACUUGAGCUGGGUAUUACCGACAUGCAUGAAAGGAUGGUUCAACUGCAUCGAAUUUAAUUAAUUUAAUUACGGAUGGCGUUAGGUUGGCUCAUACUAUGGCUCUCCUACAUAUUAAUCAGAUCAGAGAGAAUUAAUACGGUAUUGUGUGA